UGACUCGGCGACGAAGGGGAAUGCCACUGUAGCAGUUAAGGAAAGGGAAGUGUAGUAGGUCUGUAGAGGCUGAGAGACAAUGUUUUCAUGUGUGAGUUUGUGUCAUAGCCACACCGUGAUUCAAAAUGCAGUGAGAGUACCUUCCUAGCACGUCAGUGAUAUCGGUCGGCUAAUGUACAAGACCAAGAGGAUAGUCAGGAACAAACCGCACCAGCCUCGACAUGGCCACGGCUCAGAAAUGCGUCAUCAGUCAGUGCUGCUGUGGAUGCAGCCUCAGAAGGGCGGCGCUCCUCAUCGCCGCCGCUUUCGUGCUCGUGGACGUUGCCUUCUUGGCGUACAACGUGUGGGAGCUUGUGAAGGCGCGCCUGGACUGGCUCCUGUGGACAGUCCUCGGCCUCGAGACAGCCAACCUCAUAAUGGACUGCGUGUUGCUGCUGGGCGUCGUCAAGGAAAACUACAAAGCAAUAAUGGCAUGGGUGUGGGUGUCAGUCGCCCAGGUGGUGCUGACGGUCAUCGCAUCCAUCGCGUCCGCUUUCUUCGUCAGCCCCGCCCCCGUGUCAGCCGCUGUCGUCAUCGCCGGUGUCAUCUUUGCUCUCGCCUACAGCAGCGCCGUCGUCGUCGUCCGCUCCUUCGGGUUGACGCUCCGUUCCCCCGAAGAGAGCACCGCGUGAGGCCUAGCAAUGGCGUCAUGGAACAUUAAUCUCUGUUCGUCGUCAUGGUUACGUGAUGGCAAGCAUACUCACGCCCUAAUAAUGAAGAGGGCAUUGCAUUUGCUUGGUGAAGGAAGCACACCAGUUGGAAAAGCAAAGCGAAACGGUUCAUAUAAUACCCUGGCAAGCUGUGGCCAUUUUUCCAAAGAUGAAGCACGCAAAAUAGAGGUAUCUAAGGCACUGAAAUAGUUGUAAUAUAUUUCAUUGAUGACUGUUUCCCAUUCGUGGUAGAAAAUGUAAUAAUGUGUAAUAAAUAUAUAUAUUUUUUAUAUUUUGGAUGUUACUCGAAUUUCAUCUUAUUUAAGGAACAUCAUUUACCCCUUUGAUUUCCGUUUGUGAAUGUUGUUUUUACUGCGGAAACGUGGAAUGUAACGAGACAGGAAGCGAGACCUUUGUAUCGCGACUCACAAAGAGAAACCGGCCUUCCGAUCGACAGUCAAGCAUCCAAAUCCCUCCACGGCUGGCUGCGGCACAAAUGCUUUAGGGAUCAAUUUGUUCGCGGAUUUCAUUAUAAGCAACGCACAUUAGAAUCUAAUUGGCCCGUUUGCAAAUAAGAGAAAUGUUGCGCUAUAAUACUAGAGGGGAAAAUGAGGAAAA